UGGGCGUGGCCUCGGUGUGUUUGCUGUGAGUCCUGUGGGGCCCGGAGGGAACGUGAAGAUGGCGGCGGCCGGGGGGUCCCUGUUACACGGGGUGGCAGAGGCCCUGGGGGCUUCGGAAGCGGCGCUUAGGCUCAUCCUUUCCAUCUUCAUCGGAUACCCUUUAGCCUUAUUCCAGCGAUACUUUCUCUUUAAGAAGGAGCCGUCUCAUAACCACCUGUUUAAUACGCUGACUGGACUAUGUAUCGCAUACUUCAAUUUCGGGUCUCAGAUGUACCAUUCCGUACUUUGCGUCGUCCUGCACUUUCUUAUGCUGAGGCUCAUGGGAAGGACCAUAACUGCGGUAUUGACUAGCUUCUGCUUUCAGAUGACAUAUCUACUUUGUGGUUACUACUACACAGCCACGGAUAAUUAUGAUAUCAAGUGGACAAUGCCACACUGUGUACUCACACUCAAGCUUAUAGGUCUUGCUUUUGAUUACUAUGAUGGAGGAAAAGACAAGCUCGAGAGCCAAAUCAGCAAAACUCAAGUAACUGAACUAAAGAGUUCUCUUACACCUGAGCAGCAGCGUCACAUUGUACCCAGAGCCCCUACAUUACUCGAGGUUUGCGGGUUCUCCUAUUAUUAUGGAGGAUUCUUAGUGGGACCGCAAUUCUCCAUGUGCAGUUACCUGAAGCUAGUGAAUGGAGAGCUGACUGAUGUCGAAGGACAAAGGCCGAACAGUAUCAGACCAGCUAUGGAGCGGCUUUGCCUUGGACUCUGUACCUUGACUAUAUACACAGUGUUUGGGCCAUACCUUCCAGAUAGCUAUUUCCUGAGUGAAGAAUAUGCGAACCAGCCUUUCUGGUACCGCUGUGUGUACAUGACAAUCUGGGGUAAAGUAAUGCUGUAUAAAUAUGUGACCUGCUGGCUGGUGACGGAAGGGGUCUGCAUUCUGUGUGGUCUGGGGUAUAAUGGGAAAGAUGAACAGGGUCGGCAUCACUGGAAUGCAUGCGCCAACAUGAAGGUGUGGCUUUUUGAGACCACGCCCUUAUUCACCGGAACCAUUGCCAGCUUCAACAUCAACACCAAUGACUGGGUUGCUAGAUAUGUUUUUAAACGUCUCCGCUUCCUUGGCAACAAAGCAAUCUCUCAGGGAUCUGCCUUGUUUUUCCUGGCAAUAUGGCACGGUUUGCACUCCGGAUACCUAGUGUGCUUUGCACUUGAGUUUCUCAUUGUCAUAGUGGAAAGAAAGGCGAUGGAUCUGGUGAGGGACAGUCCGCUACUUACCAGUAUAUGCUCCAAUCCUGUCUUGUAUCCGUUCCUGUACAUUGCACAACAAAUCUUCCACUGGCUCUUCAUGGGGUAUCCAUUGGUGCCAUUCUGCCUUUUCACCUGGGACAAAUGGCUCAAGGUGUACACAUCGGUCUAUUUCAUAGGCCAUGUAACAUUCAUAUUGCUGCUCAUUGUGCUGCCUUAUCUGCGCACUGUCCUGGUGCAAAAGAAAGACAAGCUGCAGAAAUCCCACUGAUAGUACUCUAUGAUUGUAUGCUGCUCCUCGCCAGUACUCCAGAAAGCUCCUUCCAUGCUUGUUUGGAGGAUGAAGAUGAAGGAUGGGAGACCAGGGAGUUUACACUGCCAGGAAAUAAAAUUGCAGAUUUUUUGUUUUUUUAAUUAAAAACUAUUUGCAGAUGCUGAUAACCCUGAGGGAAAAGGGGUGUUGGGGGUCACCCUGUUUUUUUAGACUUUUCUACUGUCUGGGGUGUUUCCCAGACGAUCUACUUGAACUUUUUACGUUUCUGAAACCUUCUUUCUCACAGCACAGUUCAAGUCUGAAAGUGGCCGGCGACUAGUUUCACAGGGCAGCUAAUAACACGGAUUAGUGACUAUGGUCUUGAUAACAUGGCAACCGAGCUCUGGGACUGUGUCAGCCAUCAAGCCUGUCAAAACACAGGGAAGUGAUAUUAACUCUAACAUAGAAUCGAGUUGGUCAGAAUGUGCAUUGUGGUCACUAGUGGCCUUUGGUGGUGGAUCUCCGUAAUGUGGUUCACCCACAUGCUUUGGCAAAUUGAAUCUUCUGUGGAAUGUUGGCCUGUCUCCACGGCAAUAGCCUUAUCCAGUCAUGGUUUCCAAAUGAUGUCGAGUGGUAGGUGCUGCCAUGUGAUGACACAUCCAGGAAGCAGCCAAGCACUGCCUUUUAAAAGUGGCAUUACAACCACACCACGUUUUCCUAGAGAUGCAAUAAAGCUCUCUACCAUGUUUCCGCAUAUGUGCCACGUCUAGUUCAUUCCCAAAACAAUGGAAAUCUGAGCCUGGUAUUGAGUGCCUGCUGGGUAUAUCCUGCACAUAAUCUGUACAUACGGAUUAGAUAUGAAUUAAUAUCUAUGUUUGUAAUCUGCACUAAUAUCAAAUAUAAAUUAUGACAUGGCUGGGGCCA